GUGCCUUCCCCCCUACCGUUGUCCAAUGCCAAGACGACUCGGCGGCUCCACCCACUGAGAGCCAGCACCAGCGUCACCAUGCCGACACACACACACAACCGGCCAGCAGCGAGCAGGAGUCUGCACACGCCCACACCCCCUCCCCCUCCCCCUCUCCAUCUCUCUCUCCCCUUUCGCCCAUUCUUUGGCGGCGGCUGUCGUCGAGCAAGUGGUUCGGCAGACACGCACCCCCCUGUGUGUGUGAGGAGAUGAAAGUGCGGGACGAUGAGAGCGACCGUUCGACGGUGGUGUCUGAGGGCAUGAGUGAGGUGAUUGAGGACGCCGUGCUGGUGCCCGACCGGAUGGCGGGCGACUGGGAGGAUGAGGUGCCCGCGGGAGCCACCGUCGUGUACAGGAAGGAGAAAGACGAGGGACCCCUGGGGCAGGCCCUCGGGUAAGGAGAGGAGCUUCUGCUCGCUGGUCCGCUCCCUGUGCCCAUUCUCUCCCCCCCUUCUCUCUGUGUCUGUGUGUGGUUCGACCAGGUUCGUUGCGUGGGUGUUGUUUCUCGCCUCGUACAUCGUGGGUGCGACCAUCCUGCCCCUGGCGGCCUUCACGGCCAUAGCGCACCAUGCGUGGGGGGCGGCGACGGCACUGACGGCGCUGCUGUUGUUCCCUUUCCUGCCCGUGUCGACGUGGAUCGCCAGCCUGCCCUUCACUGUGUGGGGGCUCGACGAGCUGCACUGGGCCUGCCUGGGGCUGCUCAGACAGGCCCGACACUGGACAGGACCUGGUGAGUGAGUGAGUGAGCACAGACACACCACACAGUGGCAUCUCCUCUGGCGUGUGUGCGUGUGUGUUGUGUGCAGGCAGCGGAGUGGUGUAUGAGGAUUUGGCUGCGGUUCAGAGUGCGGGCAAGGACGGCAAACCGCCCACAGUCAUCUGCUGCCACCCACACGGCAUAUUCGCUGCGGUAUGGCCACACACACACACUCACACACACGCACGGAGGAACACGCAGCGACGGCGUGUGUGCGGUGUCUGUGUGUGUGUCUGUCAGGGUGUUGUGGUGCUGACUUCCAACGGGGAUCUGAGCGGUCUGAAGGCGCGGACCAUCACCUCAUCGUUUCUCUACUACUUCGCCCCCACACUCAGGUACGCACACACUCACACACACGCGCGCGCACGACGGAGCAACCAAAUGAGCGUGUGUCGUGCGUGAUGCAUGUGAUGCGUGUUGUAUCAACGAAUGUAUCAAGGAUCUUCCUGGCUCCCGCGGGUGUGCUCGGUGCGGCGAGAAAAGAGGACUUCACCAACUACAUGAAGGUACCUACCUGCAUGGCAUGGGUCGCUCUUCGUGUGACGGCACACGUCAUGCGCUUGUGUGUGUGUGUGUGUGUAUUUAGCGUGGUGAGAACAUGACUAUGGUUCCUGGUGGCUUCCACGAGGCGACCAUCUCCUGCCCACACAAAGACAGAGUCUACCUCAGAAAGCGAAAAGGUUAGUGGGAGGGAGAGAGAGAGGGAAAGGCAGGUACCACAUCACGCAACACAGCACACAGCUCACAAAUCGUCUGGACGUCCGUCGUGUGUGCAGGGUUUGUCAAGUACGCCCUGCAGCACGGGUAUGCCCUCACCCCCGUCUACACCUUCGGCGAGUGCGACACAUUCAGCAACGUACAGGUAUGUGAGUAUGUGAGCAGAGCAAGCAGCAAGACGCGACGCACAGCCAGACAGACAGACACACACCAUAACAUGAAUGGCUGUGUGUGUGUGCAUGGGUCUAUCUGUUGUGGAUGAAGGGUGGGUGGAAGUGGCGGUUUGCGCUCAACAGCUUCGGCGUCCCCACAGUGCUCUUCUGGGGCGUCCCCUUCGCACCACUACUACCACGCAGGUCACUCACAAAUACCACUACAGUGGUGCGCACCCAUCUUCUCUCUCUCUGUCUCUCUGUCUCUGUCUCUCUGUCUGUCUGUCUGUCUGUCUCUCUGUCUCUCUGUAUGUGCAAUAUGUGCAGAGUGCCGAUGUUGGUAGUGGUUGGGAAGCCUUUGCAGCUGCCGUGCAUCCCCACCCCCACCCGCGACGAGGUGGCCGAGUACCACGAGAAGUACAUCCACCACCUCCAGAAGCUCUACGACAAAUUCGCACCACUCUACUACGGACACAUACAGGUACACGACACGCAUCAUCCUAUGACAUUCCGGACACUCCCCGCCCGCCCCACCAAUGUGCUGUGUGUGUGUGUGUGUGUGUGUCCAUCCCCCAGCCGCGUGCCAACGUUGAGUCAGGGGCGGAGCACCUGCCGCAGGUGUCCAAGAGUGCGUGGAAGCCCGACGAUGAGGGCGGCGGCCAGGGGGUGGCCCCCAGAAGCAACGGCGCCAGUACCAAGUGGGAGAGAGCCCUGCCCACACUCGAGGUGUGGUAGCUAGUGCUGCAGACUGGGCAGACAGACAGCAGGCGGCCCCCUGGUUUUUUCGAUGUGCAGAGGGAGGGAUGUUUGUCAUGACUCUUUUUCGGUUUUUCUGGUGGUUUCUGACCGAGUGGUGAGUGGGCGGUUUUUGCUGGUGUGUGCGGUGCGUACACGGUUGUGUGUGCGUGGAAUGGACGACAAGAAGCAUGGCAGUUUUUUGAUGUGCGAGCGUCGUGGAGAGUGAGUGAGUCGGCCGGCUGCUCGGCCAAUUGGUGUGAAAUCUGG